GGGGGCAACCAAUGAGCUGCUGCGGGCUCCCGAGUGGAGAGGGGCCGGGGAACUCGCACACAAAAUGCCCAAAGGCGAGAGAUCGCUGGAGCACUUUGCAACCGACGAGCCUUGUUGUUUUCUCCUCCUCCUUUGCACAAGUUUGUUUGCGCUCCACGACGCGCGCGGACUCUCCAAGGAUCGGACCCGGUCCACUUGGAGGACUUUUUGGAAGGGGAACCGAAGCCGUUCUUUUUGUUGUUGUGCGCCGAGAUCCGUGCGGAGGUGGCGGAGAGGAAGAGAGAGGGCGGGGGGGGUGCAACGGAGCGCCGAGAUGGAAUGAUUUGUCCAUGAAAAAAAAAAAGUUCCCCGAAUAACUUUUUUGGCGUUUGGAUAAAUGGGCACGCGGAGUGUCGACGCAGCCGGGAUUCCGCGGCGGGCCGCCGAAGGGGCUCGCGCUUUCGGAUUAACCUUCCUGGAAGCGGCGUUCGAGUUUUCCCGAUGACUCCGCUGCGAGCUUUAGCGUGCACCGCCGCCAUGGCAACCUUCGGCGCUCUGGCGCGGCCUCUCCGCCGCUCGCCGGGCCCGCUAACGUGCGUGCUUUUGCUCGCGGCGUUGUCCGCCGCCUCGCCGCCCCGCGACGGGAGACUGAUCUGCUGGCAGGCCAUCUUCAACUGCCAAAAUGAGCCCGAGUGCAAUUACGCCUACGAACAGUACCUGCGCGCCUGCGAUCCGGUGCUGAAAGGGCAAAAAAAGUGCCCCAGUCAUUGCAUCUCGUCCCUGGUGCAACUCAAUUUAACCCGCAACGGACCCUCGCUGGAGACCUGCAGCUGCGAACGCGACAAGUUGUGCGCGCGCACCAAGCUGGCCAUCGAGCCUUGCUUGCCCCGGACUACCAGCUCCGGGUGCACGGAAGCCCGUUGGCAGUGCCUGCGAGACCCGCCGUGCAACUCCGCCUUCUUGGACUACAUGAAACACUGCGGCAAACUUUUCAGCGGCAAACUUUUCAGCGGGCCCGUGUGCAGCGGCGCGUGCCGCGACGUGAUCGCCACCAUGCGCAAAAUCCCCAAGGGCCAGCAGCUGGACACUUGCAUGUGCGACGGCAACGAAAGGUCCUUGUGCGAGUAUGUCAAGAGCAACAUGAAGCUGCGAUGCUUCGACGCACCGCAGGCGGAGGAGGGCAGCGGCUCGCACGACGACUACGACGCGGAGGACAACGACGACGACGACGACGCUGACGCCGCCGACGUGGACUACUGGCACGAGCCGGAGAGCGGAGCUUCCCGAGCGGAGGUCCGCUGGGUUUCGACCCUCUUGCCCGCGUCCAUUUUGGCUCUCGCGACCCUCUUUUGAGCAUCGGCUCCGGGGCGGGGGGGCUGCGUGGACAUUUGAAUAACAGACUUUACUCGGAGAUUCCAUUUGCUAUGCAAACGGCACCAGAUACUUUGAUAGCUCACGAGAUUGUUCAACUUUUCACGUGGAGCCCGAUUAAGAAUCCAGCAGCAGUGUUUUCGAUCCACGUCACGCUGUGCACUGCCGAUUUUUUUUCUAGAUUUUUCUUUUUCCUCACACGCAAAAAAACCCCGAUAUGAGCUCUUUUUAUACGACCGACUGUUCUUUUUGGGCAUCUGAUUUGACAAGUAUUUAAUGCUGGAAUGGAAAACAAAUGGGGCGGCCCGGUGGUCCAGUGGUUAGCGCGUCGGCUUCACAGUGCAGAGGUCGUAGGUUCGAUUCCAGCUCCGGCCUCCCUGUGUGGAGUUUGCAUGUUCUCUCCUGCGUGGGUUUUCUCCGGGUGCUCCGGUUUCCUCCCACAUUCCAAAAACAUGCAUGGCAGGCUGUUUGAACACUCUAAAAUUGUCCCUAGGUGUGAGUGUGAGCGCGAAUGGUUGUUCGUCAAUGUGUGCCCUGCGAUUGGCUGGCAACCGGUUCAGGGUGUCCCCCGCCUACUGCCCAAAGACAGCUGGGAUAGGCUUCAGCACCCCCCGCGACCCUCGUGAGGAUCAAGCGGUUCGGAAAAUGAAUGAAUGGAAAAGAAAUGUAAAUAACAGAAAGUAACUGAACGAGAAAGUAAUUUAUUACAAUGCCAACGAGUCACAUCCAAAUGUUUAUCGCGUGAUUUCAAAGACCGAGAAUUCCAGCCAGCUUUAAAGGGAAGUUCUUAUCGUCUGCAUUCUUUUUUUUUUUUUGUACAUUGUAUAUAUGUGUAUAGCCCAUAUAGAUUUGUUUCCUACCUUCCUCAGAGAAUCCUCUAUGUUGCUGAUUUAUGGACCGUGUGUAGCCUAUAGAAAGAAAUGUCGAAAUCCACUGUAUGCUUGCCUUAAUGAUAUACUUUUAUAGAAGGCAUAAAGGAAAACUUGAAUACAUCA